AUGGAGACGUAUCACGGCCACGUCCGCACGCCAGCGGACGCCAUUAUUCUCUUCGAAGCUUGUCGCAUCGGUAUGCUGCCCCGCGUCCAGCGGCGGCUUUCUGAAAAGGAGCGUCAGCUGAUCCAGUCCGGGUCGGUGUUUGUUUGGGACGAACGGGAAGCUGGCAUGCGACGCUGGACCGACGGGAAAUCAUGGAGCGCCAGCCGCGUCUCUGGCAGUUUUCUAACGUAUCGUGAGAUGGAGGGGAAGCGCGGAGGCACCAGCGUCCCAACGCAGCCGACGAGAGGUGGGAAGACACCUGAAUCGGCACCCGGCAGCGACGACGAUCGGGGAGAAGGGCUGGACGAUGGUCCAGACGGAUAUCGGUAUAAGCCAGACGGCUUAAUGAAGCAAUCGUUCAGUAUUACGACCUCCACUGGUCAGCACCUCCAUCUCAUCAGUUACUACUCGCGGGGGCACCCCAACGCGGCCAAUCUCCUACAGCCGUCCACCGAUCCAGCCCUGCGCAGCGUGCGCCCGCAAAAGGGCCUUUACCCGGAAUCCACCGUCAACGAUCAGCAGAAUCUUCCUGUUGUCACGCGCGGUCCGAUGACGGGCGCGCCUUAUGCUGUGCCGCCGCCGCCGCCUCAGCACCACCCCAUGGCCGCCGCGUAUGCUCGCUCCGGCGCACCUCACCCGCAGUCAUAUGCACCCGCAUACGCCUGGCCUCCAACACCCUUGGGUACUCCUCCUGCUGUCCCAAUCCACUAUCCCGCCUACGUCUCGCCGCACCACCCACCACAAUACCACGCACUUCCACCACCGCCGCAACAACCCGGCUUACCCCCUGGCUAUGAUCGCGCAGUCUAUGAUCGAGCAGUGCAUCCGAUGGAGGGUGUCCCAAUACCAGCACACCUAAUCCCGCAAGGAUCGAUUAUUAUUCCCGCUCGGUCACCUCGCGUCAUGGCCGAGCCCACCCCGCCCGAGUACGGCCCCGACCACCGCCGCGCCUCUCCACGCAUUCCACCUCCACAUCCUCACUCAAGUCCGCAUGCAAACGGAGUCACCGUCCCUCUUACCGCCGCCCGCAGCCCGCGAGUCCUCAGCCAAGCUCCCCCUCCCCCACCUGCAGCUAUCAGCAUUCCGCCUCCGAAUCCGCCCUCCAGACCGCCAUCCGAAACUAACGGCGCCAACGGCACUGUUGUACCAAGCAUCAAUGUGCUCAUGAACAGCACGCCGGGCUCCUUGCCGUCGAUCUCAGCAGCCGUACCCCCACCUUCACUUGCACCCGCUGGCUCGGGCGCGCCUGCGACCGCACCUACCCCCGCAGCAGCAGUUGCAAACGGGCGGGCGGCGGAGGGGCCGCGCGACAUACCCAGCGACAAGAUUGGAUUUGGCGGCGAGGACAUGCGCGCGCUGAGACAGCUGGAUCGUGUUUUCAAGGCGUGA